GGCUGAGGCGGCGGGAGACGACGGCAGAGUUACAGGUGUUUCCGCGGCGGCCCCCCGCUUCACGUUCCAGUCCGCCGGGCUUUGGAGCAGGCCUUCAAGUCCCUCUCCAGUCUCACACUCCGGCCUCGCUACGGUGCCCGCCAAAUGCAGGCCGCCGUCACUCUCCCCGAGGAGAUCCUUUGGCUCCUAGAAGAUAGUGAAGAGUUCCUAUUGGAAGGUUUGCGAAAUGAGAACCUCAGUGCUGGUGCAAGAGACCUCAGGGACCAUAUUCUGCGGGGUUUUCAGCAAAUCAGAGCCAAGUACCACUGGGAUAUUCAGCCCCAAGGGGGAGACCAAGCUGAAAGUUACCUUGGACAGGACAGCUCUGAUGAUAAUCACAGUGGAACUCAUGGCCCUUCCCUCAUGUCAGAUGCACCCUUUAUGUCAGAUUAUCAGGAUGAGGGAAUGGAAGACAUCAUAAGAGGAGCUCAAGAACUUGAUAACAUCAUCAAGCAAGGAUACUUGGAGAAGAAGAGCAAAGAUCAUAGUUUCUUUGGAUCGGAGUGGCAGAAGCGAUGGUGUGUUGUCAGCAGAGGCCUCUUCUACUACUACGCUAAUGAGAAAAGCAAGCAGCCCAAAGGGACCUUCCUUAUUAAGGGCUACAGUGUACGGAUGGCCCCCCACCUGCGAAGAGAUUCCAAGAAAGAAUCCUGCUUUGAACUGACUUCACAGGAUAGGCGCAGCUAUGAGUUUACAGCUUCUAAUCCAGCUGAAGCCAGAGACUGGGUGGAUCAAAUAAGCUUCUUGCUAAAGGAUCUGAGCUCCUUAACCAUUCCAUAUGAAGAAGAGGAGGAGGAGGAGGAGGAAGAAGAGAUGUAUGAUGAUAUCGAUGGUUUUGACACCCCAAAUUCUGGUUCCCAAUGCAGACCCAUUAUCUUGCCUGGUAGUAUGGGGAUAAAAGAGUCUGCAGAGGAGGAAGAGGAAGAAGAUAUUUAUGAAGUCUUACCAGAUGAAGAGCACAAUCUGGAUGAGGAUGAGAGUGGCACUCGACGAAAAGGAGUGGAGUAUCCCAGUUACUACCAGGGCCUAUGGGAUUACCAUGGUGACCAACCAGAUGAACUGUCCUUCCAGAGGGGUGACAUCAUCCGAAUUCUGAGCAAGAAUUAAUCUCACAGAAGCAAACUCGGCAGCAUUGAGGCUGUGGUUUUAGUGUGGCGGUCGCUCUGCCUGAACAUGAAAUAGGAGCUAAUAUAAAAAUCCAUCUGCUGUGUUUGAAACACACACCGGCUGCUGCUCAGUCCUGUCUGACAUUCCAAAUAUCAACAGCGAAGGAAAGUGAUUUGGGGGUUAGUGGCCGUCAGUACUUGGCAGAGAUCCAACAACAGGUAUAUUCCAAAAAUCCAUUCACCCUGGCCACCAGGCAUGACAGGGCAGGUGCUGAAUCACCCUCCAUGUGAUAGUCUUGUGCCCUGGCUCAGUUCCUUCUAUCUGAGGAUCUCAAAGCCCUUUUGUGGACUAGCACGUCUAUGUUACAGUGGGAGAAAGGGAGAUGAGGAGCCUCUAUUGGGGUAAAAUAAGUCACUAAGUCCCAGCUUUCAGAGAUGUGACCCUGUCUUCCUGGCUCUAAGUUCUCUCACUAGGGAACAUUACCUACAUUCUUCUUUCUAAAUAAUAAAGGUGCUUGUUCUACUAUGCAAGAUAACUCUUAAAUAAAUGCCCAUUUAAAAAAUAAGCUUCCACAAGAAAAAGAAAUAAAGGGCAUCCAAAUUGGUAAUGAAGAAGUUAAACUGUCCCUGUUUGCAGAUGAUAUGAUGCUAUACACAGAAAACCCUAAAGAG